AUGCCGGCCACAAGCAGCGCGUCUCUGUGGAUUAUUUUCCUCCUCGGCUCCGGUGUGUGCGCCAGGAAGCAGCGCGCCGAGACGGAUGAUGAUGAGUCCUGGCCGGAGAGCGUGUCCAGGGCGAGGUGUGCGUCGCGGUGCCUCAGCCUGCACAGCGUCGCUGCGCUCUCCACAUCGCUCCAGAACAAUGGAUCCUUGGGCUGGUGUCAAAAUCAUAAACAGUGUGCAAAGUGCCUGGAGCCCUGCAAAGAUUCCUGGGAGAUGAAGAGGAAGAGCAAUUGCAGGGAGCUUUGUGAGCGGGUGUUUCCCAAGAAGCACUGGGAGUGCGUGACCAGCUGUGAGUUCCUGCAGUCGGUGCUGGCGACAAAGCAGGGGAGCUGCCCGCCUCCAGAGAGAGCCAGUGGCUUUGCGGCCGCCUGCGUGGAGAGCUGUGACCACGACCGGGAAUGCUCGGCUCAGAAGAAAUGCUGCUCCAAUGGUUGCGGCCACACCUGCCAGUCUCCCAAAGACCUCUACAAAGGUGCUCCUCUGAAGCCAAGGAAGGAGCUGGGCUUCGAGGAACUCCCCACUGGUCAGAUGGUGGUGCGCUGGUCGUCCCGCUUCAACAUCUCAGCCGAACCUGUGGUCUACGUCCUGCAGAGGAGGUGGAACUUCGGCAUCCAGCCCAGCGAGGACACCGCCACCCCCUGGCAGGGGGCUGCCCAGACCACAGAGCAAGGGGUGAGGCUAUCUGACACCCGGCCUGGACGCUGGUACCAGUUCAGAGUGGCAGCCGUCAACACCCACGGAACCAGAGGUUUCACCACACCGAGCCGGCACAUCCACUCUAGCAGAGACCCCGCCAGUCCUCCUGCUCCUACCGAGCUGAGAGUGGCCAACAUGAGCUUCGGCCCCGGCAGGGCGGUGUCGGCCCGGCUCCAGUGGAGCACGCCCGCCGACCUGGACGUCCCCGUUCACCACUACAAGGUCAGCUGGAGCUGGACUGCAGUCCGACAGUCCUCCGCUUCAUCUCUGACCAAGAGGAGGAAGACAGUCAGAGAGGGCCAAGUGGAGCUGGACAGCAUGCGCUCUAACAGGAGCUACAGGGUGGAGGUCCAGGCUGUGUCCUACUGGGGACAAACUCAACUCAGAGGUCCCCGAGCCGUCCUGAGCUUCAACACACAGCGCACGUCCAGUUCUGCUCCGAGCCAACCCACAGGAGACAUUCUGGAUGUGGGGACACCGUUCUACCAGGACGGACAGCUCCGGGUUCAUGUUUACUGGCAGAGCAGCCCUGAUCCUUCAGUUGAGUUCUACAGAAUCCAGUGGGGGCCAGAGUUUUGUGGACACAACCAGACCAGACCCAUGGAGAAGACCAGCACACGGGACAACUUCGUCGGCCUGCAGGGUUUGCUCUUCGCCUGCAAGUAUAAAGUCCUCCUGCAGCCAGUCAGCCAGAAGAGUCGUCCUCUGGCAGAAAGCACUAGCUUCUUCACUCCUUCCUGUUCCACCAUUCAGGCCAAGAGUCCAGGUUCCAUCUCCUGCCCUGGAGAAACAUCGUCCCCUCAGAAGGUCCUGCUGAAGGCAGCCAACCUGACAGCAUCCUUUGAGGUCCGGGGAGGCAACGUGACAGCCAUCUUCAGCUGGGAUUUGUUAAAGGUCCUGUCCCACCAGCAGCUGACUGGUUACCAGGUGACCUGGACGGAGCUCGUCCCCACCAACCACCACAGCAACAACAAGCUGCCUCACAGCCUCAUCUCCCAGUCCCAGAUCCUACCCCCGGACGGUAAAGUGCUGGUGGUGUCAGACCUGCACCCUGCCAGUCUGUACAGGCUGGAGGUGCGUGCCAUCACAGGAGAAGGGGAAGGUCCUGCAAUCAGCCGAACCUUCCAGACCCCUGGAUACCAAAACCCCACGAAGCACAGAUCCAGGCAGAGGAAGCAUCCCCAUAAACUGCGAAUCACAGAGAGGCACUGAGUCCGGACAGCCAAUCAGCCUGCAUGAACCGAGUCUCCCAACAUUAGGAUGAUAAGAAAUCUACAGAGCGGCGAUCACUGAAGACGAGCGCAGCAUCCCGACUGGCAGCUGUUUGAAUCCCUCCCCUCAGUGUCUUCCAGUGGACUGGACUGUUUGGUAGAACGGUAGAUUUACGGCAACAAUGCUAACCAUGCUCUUAAUACAGAGGUAUCCCAGUUAGCGUGAUAUCCUGAUUAAUAAAUCCAGUUCAUCCACUGCAUCACUCUGAAACAGCCAUAACAUUUUGUGCAACUUGCUGUAUUUCCCGUCUGAGAGAUGAAUCUCAGCACUUGUUUGUGAAAUUUAAGUGAUAUUACUAUGACCAUCAUUAUAGCAUGUAGAUACAGUAGCUAUAGAUUUAUAUUCACUGUAGGACUGGGUGUGGUUUGACCAUUUUCCAACAUCUGGUUCCGAAACAUAAAGAAGGAAAACAUCGCCAAAGAAAAAACUGCCUUUCAACAUCGGUUAUAAUGGGGUUCAUGCUCCCGCUGUCUUUUGGAGGUGUGGUGAAUUGAAUUGGAGGAGCUCUGAGGUCUGCGAAACAGCGAGGAAUCAAAUCAACAAAACAGCAGUUGAAUCAAAUGUAGUAAAAAAAAAAAAACGUACAAAUGCAACGUGAUCAGGGGAGAGUUGAGCAGUGCUGUGAAUCCACUUAUCCGUUUAAAGGCAACUCUUCUGUUGUGCUGUUACUCUACCCUGGAGAAGUAAUGAGGUUUGAUACCCGGCCCUAAUCCCCUGCUGUCCUGUAGCUGGAACUGCAUGCCAACGCAAUGUUUAUCGUACCGUCAGUGUCGCCGAGUGGCUGCUUCAUUUUAAAACCUGAAAACAUGUCCUGCAGCUGAUUCACCGUUUCAGCCCCUGUGCUCUGUAAAUGCUGUAUAUACUGUUUGUCUGUAUUUAUUAGUUGUGGUGUAUUUGUGUCUGGAUGAGUGUCUACUGUAAACAUAAUGCAUCUGUACUUUAUGUGUGCUCAGCCUUUUGUAAACCGUUAGAGACCCUGUACAAAGAUGUUUUUUAACUGAAGAUAAA